AUGUCUCACAUCAGUGGUACUGUCCGCGGGACACCGCAGAGACGAGGUCAGGUCCCAUUCGAGAACAGCCCCUCCAACAUACCUGUGCCCCGUCCGAAACUCGAGAACACUCCGGUAGGAGGUCAUAGUGAGAUGUCGGCGACCUCGACCAUGUCGACUAGUCGUCAAAAGCAGAGCAAACGAGAUGAGGCCAUCCGAAGAAAAAUGGAGGCCGACCUCUCAAAGAAGACUCGCACCACCGGUCGCGCUCGACAUACCCGCAAAGCACCACCAGGUACUGUCCUAGCCUUGAAGCCCAGCCAGGCCCUUCAGAUCAAACCCAAUACCACCGUCGCCGAAGCUGCACAACUGAUGGCCGCCAAGCGCGAAGACUGUGUCCUAGUCACCGACGAUGACGAUCGCAUUGCCGGUAUUUUUACAGCCAAAGAUCUCGCCUUCCGUGUGGUUGGUGCUGGUAUCAAAGCCCGAGAAGUCACCAUCGAGCAGAUCAUGACCAAGAACCCGCUGUGCGCACGAACAGACACAAGCGCAACAGAUGCCCUCGACCUGAUGGUGCGGAAAGGAUUCAGACAUUUGCCCGUCAUGGACGAGAACCAGGACAUCUCAGGCAUCUUGGACAUCACGAAGUGUUUCUAUGAUGCCAUGGAGAAGCUGGAGCGAGCAUACAGCUCAUCUCGCAAAUUGUAUGAUGCUUUGGAAGGUGUUCAGUCAGAACUCGGUGCAAGCCAGCCUCAGCAAAUCAUACAAUACGUCGAAGCACUGCGAUCGAAGAUGUCGGGGCCUACCUUGGAGUCCGUGCUCAAUGGCCUGCCACCGACCACCGUUUCCGUUCGCACGUCGGUCAAGGAAGCUGCACAACAGAUGAAAGAAAACCACACCACCGCUGUACUGGUCCAAGAUCAAGGUUCUAUCACAGGCAUCUUCACGUCCAAGGACGUCGUUCUGCGAGUCAUCGCACCUGGUCUUGAUCCUGCAACAUGUAGUGUUGUCCGGGUGAUGACACCACAUCCCGACUUUGCACCCACCGAUAUGAGCAUUCAGGCAGCUCUUCGCAAGAUGCACGGCAAGUGA